AUGACCCCACCAGUGGAGGAGCCAGAGCCUGACCACCUCACCACUAAAGCCCCUAGCAUCGCCUUCCCUCUCACCAACUCUCCUGUGCCCCCAGAACCAAAGGUAACCACGCACCCUCCCUCCCUCUUGUAAGGUGAUAUUAUAAGUAAAUGUUGAGAUGUUUUGAAUCGAUACUUAGCUGCGCAGUGGUGUAAAGUGAUUGUGACAGUGAUGCUAAAAGCUUCUUUGUUCUCUCCACAGACUAAAGAGGAGAGCGAGGCGAAGAAGGAGCCUCCUCGAUUCCAGCUGUCCUCCCUUAACCCCCAGGAGAGGAUAGACUACAGCGCCCUCAUAGACGAGCUGGGUGAGUCCUAAUCCUCCACCCUCCUCCCUGUCUCUGACCAUCUAACUGGACUGUAUUUGCCCUGUUGUCUCUGUAGUACAUCUCAGUGGUCUGAAGUAGCCUCAACUCCUUUGUUGCGUCUCAGAUUGGCACCCUAAUCGCUAUAUAGUGCGCUACUUUUGACCAGGGCCCAUAGGAUUCUGGUCAAAAGUAGUGCACUAAAUAUGGUGCCAUUUGGGACACACUCUUGUCUACUUGUUUAUCUGCAUUGGUCUGUAUCUAUGCGAGUCCCCCUAUUGCAUUUGUCUGUCUGUGUGCGUCUUUGUCUGACGCUACAUGUCUUUGUUCCUCUGGGGUCCCUGUAGGUGGUGUGGUGCUGGACAAGCAGUGCUUUGACCCCAGCUGCUCCCACAUCAUUGUGGGGACCCCCCUGAGAAAUGAGAAGUACCUGGCAGCCAUGGCCGCAGGGAAGUGGAUCCUGCACUGCUCCUACCUGGAGGCCUGUCGCUCCGUGGGACACUUCAUCCAGGUCACGAUCUGGCCAUCAGUGCAUCAGACCACAACAUGCCACUAUUUCAUUUUCAUUUCUAGCCCCAGCUUGUUUUAUUUAACCUUCAUUUAACCAGGAAGUCCCAAUGAGGUCAGAAGACUUCACAUUGUUUUAUGUAUCUUGACUGUGUGUUCCAGGAGGAUGAGUAUGAGUGGGGCAGUAGCUCCAUCCUGAACGCCCUACUGUCUAUCAGCUCCCAGCAGAAGAGGCUGGCGUUGGCCGCCAUGCGCUGGAGGAGGAACCUGCAGGACCGCAACAACCAGGAGGGAUCAUUCAGCGGUUGGACCGUCAUGCUGAACAUGGACCGGACCAGAGAGUCAGGGUUCAGACGACUCCUGCAGUCUGGUGGAGCAAAGGUUCAAACAAAGCUCUUAUCUGUCAUACUGUACCUCAAUCUUCUUAGUUUGGGUAAAGCUACUAAGACACAACUGCUUUUCAAGUCUCUUCCAUACUUGCCUUUGUAGAUAUUGACACUUGUACACUUCUGGAUGUAACUCCCAUCCACCCUCUCUCCUAACCUCUCUUUCUCCUAUAUUUCUUUCUUCUCCCUAACCCUCUCUCCAGGUUCUCCCCAGUCCCUCUCCAUCUCUGUACAAGGGAACCACCCACCUGUUUGCAGAGUUCAGUCGGUUGAAGCCGGGAGACUUCCGGGUGGAUGUGCCAGAGGCCAUGUCCCAGGGGGUCAAAUGCCUAAAGCCAGAGUUCAUCGCAGACUACCUCAUGCAGGUUAGUGGGACUGUAACUAAAAUGCAUAACUGCCUCACAAAGAGACUGCAGAAGGCAUUUUUUGUUGUCUGACUACUUUAAAGGCAGUGUAUUCGGUGCAUUCGUAGAGUUUUCAGAUCCCUUGACUUUUUCCACUUUUUGUUACAUUACAGCCUUAUUCUAAAAAAUCUAAUAAAUUCCUCAUCAAUCUACACACAAAACACCAUAAUGACAAAGCGAAAAGGUUUUUAGAAAUUUUAGCAAAUGUAUUAAAAAUCAGAAAUACCUUAUUUACAUAAGUAUUCAGACCCUUUGCUAUGAGACACGAAAUUGAGCUCGGAUGCAUCCUGUUUACAUUUAUCAUCCUUGGGAUGUUUCUACAACUUGAUUGGAGUCCACCUGUGGUAAAUGCAAUUGAUUGGACAUGAUUUGGAAAGGCACACACCUGUCUUUAUAAGGUCCCACAGUUGACAGUGCAUGUCAGAGCAAAAACCAAGCCAUGAGGUCGAAGGAAUUGUCCGUAGAGCUUCGAGACAGGAUUCUGUUGAGGCACAGAUCUGGUGAAGGGUACCAAACAAUGUCUGCAGCAUUGAAGGUCCCCAAAAACACAGUGGCCUCCAUCAUUCUUAAAUGGAAGAAGUUUGGAACCACCAAGACUCUUCCUAGAGCUGCCCGCCCGGCCAAACUGAGCAAUCGAGAGAGAAGGGCCUUGGUCAGGGAGGUGACCAAGAACCCAAUGGUCACUCUGACAGAGCUCCAGAGUUCCUCUGUGGAGAUGGGAGAACCUUCCAGAAGGACAACCAUCUCUGCAGCACUCCACCAAUCAGGCAUUUAUGGUAGAGUGGCCAGACGGAAGCCACUCCUCAGUAAAAGACAUGAAAGCCCGCUUGGAGUUUGCCAAAAAGGCACCUAAAGACUCUCAGACCAUGAUAAACAAGAUUCUCUGGUCUGAUGAAACCAAGAUUGAACUAUUUGGCCUGAAUGCCAAGCGUUACGUCUGGAGGACACCUGGCCCCAUCCCUACGGUGAAGCAUGGUGGUGGCAGCAUCCUGUUGUGGGGAUGUUUUUCAACGGCAGGGACUGGGAGACUUGUCAGGAUCGAGGGAAAGAUGAACGGAUCAAAGUACAGAGAGAUACUUGAUGAAAACCUGCUCCAGAACGCUCAGGACCUCAGACUGGGGCGAAGGUUCACCUUCCAACAGGACAACGACCCUAAGCUCAUAGCCAAGAAAACGCAGGAGUGGCUUCGGCACAAGUCUCUGAAUGUUCUUGAGUGGAAAAGGUCAAGGGGUCUGAAUACUUUCCGAAUGCACUGUAAGUAAUUUGGGGAAAGUCUAAUGUGAAACCUUGGUUAAUGUUUGAUCCAUAAAGUGGUUACUUUCCUUCAUGUAACAAUACAAUGUGUUCAACAUUCUCCAUAAAACCCACCCUGGCCAGUGAAUUAAAGGUUAUCCGUGUAACAUUUCCACCUGCAACUAGUGCUAAAUAUCAAUUACAUACCAGUAGUAGCAAAAUAAUAGAAAUCCACCCGGGUAAAACAUACUUAUUAGAAUGCAGCGUGACGCUGCAAAUGAGCUUUUUUUGACGGUGACUAGCCAGGCAGGUUGUUUUGUGUACACGUUUUUCACGUCCUUGCAACAGAUGUUUUUGGGGAUUAUGAAAAGGUAAGAAGCAGUACUAAGCCAUUUUAGGGGUUUCAAAGCAGUGUCCUUGAAAAACCAUGACGGAAUCGAUACGAUGGCUUAAAUAUAACAUGUUGCUCCUUUUAAGAAAUAAAAAGAUAGAAACUAAAACUCCUCUCUCAUGAGUCUUGUCUUUUUGUCCAGGAGCCUACUCCACCAAUAGAGAUGUACUAUCUGCCUGAAGCUGCCCAAUGUCUGCCAGCGGCCACAGAUGCCAGCGGCGCCACCCCCUCCCGCAAGCGCAAAGCAUCAGGAGAUUCCUCAAAGUUGAAGAAGACCCGCCUCAAGUGA